AUGUCCAAGGCGCCCAAGGCCAAGAAGGCCGCGCUCCACUACCAGCCGUACCAGGCGCUCGGCCAGGCUGGAGAUGUCGAUGAGGCGUCCAUGGACCUCAACAUGUCGGACCUGCCGCUGCACCUCGACCCCGUGCUCUCAGGCCUGUCGUCCAGCAUGAGCCGCAACCUGUGGGACGACUGGAACGAGAACGACGCCAACUUCGGCAUGAAGUUCGACAUGUUCGCGGAUGAGGUCAGCACGGCCAGCACCGCCAGCUCCACGGCCAGUCCCAACCCGGGCAUGCACGUGCCGCACGGGGAAGUGGCCAAUAGCGGCUUCGGCCACAUGUCGCCCUCGCCCUACGAGCAGCAGCAGAACGCGUCGCCCAACGCGAUGCACGCAGGAGUAGGAGGGACCCCCACCCUCGAAGAACAGUACAAGCCGCGCGCGAACGUCCAGCGGUCGCUCAGCGAGGACAUCGUCAACAUGCUGGACGAUAGCAACGAGACCUCGUACCCCAAGCAGAUGGAGACAGAUCCGCAGCGCCGCGACGUGGCCAUGCAGCAGAACAUGAUGUACAACCCUGCGGCGGGGCAGAGUUUCCAGCAGCAGCAGCAGCAGCAGCAGCAGCAGGAGAUGCACUCGAACCACAUGCACCAGUUCCAGCAGCAACAAAUGCAACUGCAGAUUCAGCAGCAACAGCAGCAGCUACAGCAGCAAUACCAGCAAGCCCCGCAGCAGCAGCAACCGUUUCAGCAACCUACUGGCCAUAAUACUUCUAGCUGGAUGAGCAGCUUCGGUGGUGGAAUUCAGAGCGCCGCGACCACGACCACGACAGCCCCCGCCAAACCCGGUGUCAAUCCGACUACUCACCGUCGUCCGUCAAACCCAUCGGCAUUGGAGAUUGCCGUUACCGAAGGAACAGCUUCAUUGGUUGCCAAGUGCCCCGCAUCACAUGCUCCAGCUACGCCAGCGGUGUCCACCCCGCUUGCGCCUUCUUCUACUCCGCAGCAAACUACUGCUUCAAAGGGGAAAGCUGCAGGGGCUCAAGCCGGUGUAUCUUCCGCUGCUACCAAGUCCAACAGCACGCCGGGUGCAGACUCGAGCAAUACCAAUGGUGCAAGUAUGAACGAUCCGGGGCAGCAAGCCAACGCGUUUGGUGGGAUGAUGAUGAAUCCGUUCAUGAUGUACUCGAUUAUGGGUCCGCAAGGGAUGAACAUGAUGGGGAUGCCGAUGGCGAUGCCUAUGGGAAUGAACAUGAACGGAAUGACUGGAGUGAACGAUGUGAAUGGCUCUAGUGGCACGAAUGAGGCAGGCAGUGGCAACAACAUGAACGGAAUGAACGGCAUGAACGCGAUGGCUGGUAUGAAUGGGAUGCAGCUUCCGAUGCAACUCCAGUUGCAGCUGCAGUUGCAGAUGCAAAUGCAAAUGGCUCAAAUGGCGCAGAUGAACGGAAUGGGAGGGAUAAAUGGGAUGCAGAUGCCCAUGGGACUUCCUGGCAUGUCCAUGGGUAUGAACAUGCCAAUGCCCCUGAACAUGAAUAUGCAGCAGCAGCAGCAGGUUAACCCUCAGAGCGGACUAGCAGGCGACGUUGAAAUGACCCCCGCAGCGGCGGCGACAGCUUUCUCCAUGGCGAUGCCUACCACAGGUGGCGCAAUGCUGAAGCCUGCCAGGCCACUGCAACCCAAGGGUGCACCGCGUACAGGCCCCGCGUUUGUGAAUAUCGCACGAAAGCCCGAGGAGCCUGAAGUGAGCAGCAUUCUGAAGUCGCUCAUGGACGAGGAGGCCAAGAAGAAGGAGAAGAAACUGGAGCGCAAUCGUGACUCGGCACGUGAAAGCCGCAGGAAGCAGCAGACGUACGUGGAAACACUUGAGAACGGUAUCAAGCGUCUGCAGAUCAACCGCGACCUCGUCCGCUCCUACCGAUGGGGCGUCAGCGGGCCAGGCUUUGGUCCUCUUCCCUGCCCGAACUCGCCGCAGAUGUUUGACUGGAAGAAUCGUCUUGAAGUCGUCACUGGUCGUACUGAGGCGUUUUCGAGUAUCCAGAACCCCGCUAACUUCCAGUCCCUGAUGCGGCUCAACCGACAGCGUCGCACGCUGGCAAUGCAGCAGCUUGAACGCGAACGCGCUGUGUGGAAGUGCUUCGUCUUCGUGGGUCGGCAACUCGCCGCUAUGCGCACGCGGGUGCUGCAGGUGCAGAUGCUGCGUACGUUCUCGGAGAACCCGUUGGCGAUGGAGCUGGAUGCAGUGCUGAACCUGACGGCCGACCAGAAGCUGCAGCUGCAGUGCCACGCCCAGCAAACGUUCAACGAAGAGGUGGUGGAGCUGACGAAGCUGUUCAAGGUCUUCUUUGCGUUGCGCAACGAGGCCCUUCGACUGAAUAUCAUGUCACCUUCGCUGGAGCGUCACUUCCGUGAUGCCUGCUCAUUCGACCAGCUGCAAAAGCUGCUGCAGUGGACGGAGACUCACCGCACCGUCAUCGAGACGGAUCUCUGCUUAGACGAAGUGUAG